GAGGAGUAGAGAGAAAUAGAGGAGGGGAGAGCAUGAGGGAGGGGAAGAGGAGAGGCGGGUGGUGGGGAGACCAGGAGGAAAACAUUAGCCCUCGUUUUCUUCUCGGACUUUUGAGAUUUUUCUUGCUGAGUUCCCUGGACAGUCACCCGGGACGUGCGGACAGGACGUAAGAUGUUUAUGAUGGAUAGAUAGAGAAGAAGAGGAGGGGAAGAUGUCGUUCUUCGGCGUGGACUGUGUGAGGAAAAAAGAGAGAGAGCUGGAGAGGAAGCUGCGCGCAAACGACCGCGAGUACAACCUCUCCUUUCAAUAUGCAACAAACGCAAUCAAGACCAACAAGUACAACUUCUUCACCUUCCUACCUCUUAACCUGUUUGAGCAGUUCCAAAGGAUUGCUAAUGCCUACUUCCUGUUUUUGCUGGUGCUCCAGGUGAUUCCUCAGAUCUCCUCUCUGUCCUGGUUUACCACUGUUGUUCCUCUGGUCCUCGUGCUGACAGUCACUGCUGCCAAGGAUGCCACUGACGAUAUCAAUCGCCACAGGAGCGACAAUCAAGUCAACAACAGAAAAGCUGAAGUCCUUAUUGAUAGAAAACUGCGCAGUGAGAAAUGGAUGGAUGUCCAGGUGGGAGACAUCAUCAAGCUGGAAAACAACCAGUUUGUCACAGCUGACCUCUUGUUGCUCUCAAGCAGUGAGCCACUCAACCUGGUCUACAUUGAGACAGCAGAACUGGAUGGAGAGACCAACCUGAAGGUCAGACAGGCCCUCCCUGUGACAGGAGACCUGGGAGAGGAUAUUGAAAAACUGGCCGACUUUAACGGUGAGGUGCGUUGUGAACCACCCAACAACCGCCUCGACCGCUUUACUGGAACACUAACCUUCGCUGGUCAGAAAUACCCGCUGGACAACGAGAAGAUCCUGCUGCGAGGCUGCACCCUGAGGAACACCGACUGGUGCUUUGGACUUGUGCUAUUUGGAGGUCCUGAGACCAAGUUGAUGCAGAACUGUGGGAAGAGCACGUUCAAGAGGACCAGCGUCGACCGCCUGAUGAACAUCCUCGUCCUUUGUAUUUUUGGUUUCCUGGCCUUCAUGUGCACGAUCCUGGCGAUAGGAAACUUAUUCUGGGAGAUGAACGAGGGCUCACAGUUCACAGUCUUUCUCCCCAGACAAAAUGACAACAACGCUGCCUUCUCUGCCUUCCUCACGUUCUGGUCCUACGUCAUCAUCCUCAACACUGUGGUGCCCAUCUCUCUCUAUGUUAGCGUAGAGAUCAUUCGAUUAGGGAACAGCUUCUACAUUGACUGGGACAGGAAGAUGUACUACGGACGCAAAGACACCCCCGCUGAGGCUCGCACCACCACGUUGAAUGAAGAGCUCGGUCAAAUCAAGUACAUCUUCAGCGACAAAACGGGAACGCUCACCCAGAAUAUCAUGGUGUUCAACAAGUGCUCCAUCAACGGCAAAACUUACGGGGAUGUGUAUGACUACACUGGUCAAAGACUAGAAAUUACAGAGGGUACAGAGAGGGUGGACUUCUCCUUCAACCCGUUGGCUGACCCUCGCUUCAUGUUCCAUGACCACGCCCUGGUGGAGGCAGUGAAGCUUGAGAACCCUGAGGUCCACGCUUUCUUCAGGCUGCUGGCCCUGUGUCACACCGUGAUGGCUGAGGAGAAGCGAGAAGGUGAGAUUUACUACCAGGCCCAGUCUCCGGAUGAGGGAGCUUUGGUCACUGCAGCCAGAAACUUUGGAUUCGUCUUCCGCUCACGUACACCAGACAGUGUUUCCAUAGUGGAAAUGGGACAGCAGUGCAGCUAUGAACUCCUCGCUAUCCUGGAUUUCAACAACGUCCGCAAGAGGAUGUCCGUCAUAGUUCGGAGUCCAGAGGGGAAGCUGUCUCUCUACUGUAAAGGUGCAGACACGAUCAUCUAUGAGCGGCUGGAUCAGUCCUGCAGCAAGCUGAUGGAGGUCACCACAGAGCAUCUUAAUGAGUUUGCAGGGGAUGGCCUGAGGACUCUGGCGCUGGCCUACAAAGAUCUGGAUGAGGAGUAUUUCAACCAGUGGAAACAGCGCCACCAUGAGGUCAGCACAGCUCUGGACGACCGAGAGGAAAAACUAGACGAGCUGUAUGAGGAAAUCGAGAAGGAUCUGCUGCUGCUCGGAGCGACAGCCAUAGAAGACAAGUUACAAGACGGAGUUCCUCAGACUAUUGAGCAGCUAUCCAAAGCUGACAUCAAAAUCUGGGUUUUGACAGGUGACAAACAAGAAACUGCAGAAAACAUCGGGUACUCGUGCAACUUACUGCGUGAAGAGAUGAAUGAGGUCUUCACUGUCUCGGGUAACUCACCUGAAGACGUUAAAGAGGAACUGAGAAAUGCACAAACCACCAUGAAAUCAGUUGUGGAAGAGGAUUCAGUGUUUCUGCCACAAGGGACUCUGGGUAAUGGUCCUAAAGUGAUCUCAGAUGAGUUGGUGAACGGAGAGUACGGCCUGGUUAUCAACGGACACAGUCUGGCGUAUGCCCUGGAGCACAGCCUGGAGCAGGAGUUUCUUAAGACGGCGUGCAUGUGUAAGGCAGUGAUCUGCUGCAGAGUCACUCCUCUGCAGAAAGCUCAGGUGGUGGAGCUCGUCAAGAAGUACAAGAAGGUGGUCACACUGGCAAUAGGAGACGGAGCCAACGAUGUCAGCAUGAUCAAAGCGGCUCAUAUAGGUGUGGGGAUCUCAGGUCAGGAGGGCAUGCAGGCAGUGCUGUCCAGCGACUACUCGUUUGCUCAGUUCCGAUUCCUGCAGCGCCUACUGCUGGUGCACGGCCGCUGGUCCUACCUGCGCAUGUGCAAAUUCUUGCGCUACUUCUUCUACAAAAACUUCACCUUCACCUUUGUUCACUUCUGGUACGCCUUCUUCUGCGGCUUCUCUGCACAGACCGUGUAUGACGAGUGGUUCAUAACACUCUACAAUCUGAUGUACACAGCGCUACCUGUUCUGGGAAUGAGUCUGUUUGAUCAGGAUGUGAACGACAUGUGGAGUUUCCAGCAUCCUCAGCUCUAUGUUCCUGGUCAACUCAACCUGUACUUCAGCAAGAAGACCUUCUUCAAGUGUGUCCUCCACAGCUGCUACAGCUCCUUGGUGCUGUUCUUCAUCCCCUACGCAGCCAUGCAUGACACGAUGAGGGGUGAUGGGAAGGACAUCGCUGACUAUCAGUCCUUCGCUCUCCUAACACAAACAUGUCUGCUGUUUGCUGUCACCAUCCAGUUGGGGUUGGAGAUGUCUUACUGGACAGCUGUGAACACUUUCUUUGUGUUGGGCAGUCUGGGCAUGUACUUUGCAGUCACGUUCACCAUGUACAGUAACGGCAUGUUUCUCAUGCUGCCGCCAGCCUUCCCCUUUAUAGGAACCGCCCAAAACUCUCUGAGCCAGCCAAAUGUUUGGCUGACGAUCCUCCUCACCUCCAUUCUGUGUGUUCUUCCUGUGGUUACCUACCGCUUCCUGUUCAUUCAGCUCUGCCCCACUAUCAAUGAAAAGGUGAUGUUCAAGGUGAGACAGGCCAAAGCCACGCCUCCCCCUCCACCUCGACGUACCCGCAUCCGCCGUACCAGCUCACGGCGCUCUGGCUACGCCUUCUCGCACGCACAGGGCUACGGGGACCUGGUGACAUCAGGGCGAUUCCUGAGGCGUCCUGCGGUGUCGCGAUCUUCAGGUUUCACCAACAUUGGUCGCACAACCACUGGCUUCAGUCCCAUGGGACGAUCGGCGGGGUACAGCCCGACUGGACGGCCACAGAACACCAAGGCGCCAGAUGUGGAGGUGACAUCGCUGCAGAUGUACAGGACAUUCAGAGAUCCAGCUCUCUGAUAGUAACAUUCUGGUUGGAGAUGAUCUAGAAGAAGGAUUAAGACAAGAAAGUGAACUUUUUCUUAACAUUUCCAUUUGUUCCUUAAAAAAAACUCAACCUGCUUCUCUGGAGAAGCCAUGUCAAACAUUUUGGAUGGUCUGUCUCUCAUCUGCAAAGUCUCCAAAGACAAGGUUUGAAAAAGACAGGACAUUUUUUUGCUCCAGGCAUUUUAUUUUUUUAGAUAUUUUACCAAAGGGAACUACACAGGAAGUGUUCAUGUGGGCGUGCAUGCAGAGCCAACACAUAAGAGGUUUCUUACGCUAACAAAAACAGUAACAGGGUGUUUCUUUUUUCUUUUUUUUUAAAGGAGCUACCACAGUGAGACAAAGUGUCAUCAUGUUUACAAACUACCAGGACUUCAUUACAGUCCAGAUUCACAGCAGGACUUUGUACAAAGGAAAUAAUCAGCAAAACCAUUUUAUAUGGGAAUAUAUUUAUAUUAUACUUUGAGUAUCUUUUUAAAGCAAUAUGUUCACCUAUCCUAAAAUCUGUAGUAAGCACUUUGGGAGAAAACUGAAUGUUUGUAAGAUUAUGAAUGUGUAAAACUUAACCUUGAUUUUUGAAGCAGGAUUAAGCAUUUUUAACAGUUGGACAUCUUCAUUUGUUUUUUUUUACUAUCUUAGUAUUUCAUGCAACUUUAAUUGAAAUUAGUAUAUAUGAGGGAACGUGUGCUUUUUUCAAUUUACAUUCUACAGAGGAAUAUUAGUACCAUGAUGCAAUGAUUUUUUCUUUUUUUCCUUUUUUAUACACGGGUUUAUGGUCGAUUUCAUAUUGGUUAAAAAAAUAUAAAAUGUAUUUCUUUACAGAUAAGGGAAAUACGCUCUUAAAAAACAUUUGCAAGAUCUCCAUGCUAUAAGCACAAAAGACAACUUGGAACUAAGACUGUAAGGUUUUCUUUACAGACCCAGAUUUGGAUUUUUGCCUGAUGAUAUCUAAAUCUCCUUUAGAGUGACUUCCUUUUUUUUUUGCACCACAGUGUUUCAUAAAUGCACCUUGAGUUACAUCUUCAAGCCAAAGUACUGUAAGCAUCCCCAUGGUUGCAAUUGAAGGGGCGGGGGCAGUCCGAGCAACGACCUCGGACGAGGACCCUAUUGUAUCUGUAGGAGUUAUUCUUAUUUUCCUUUGCACAAAUGAAUCACUAAUUUGGGGAUUUUAACGUGCAUGAAAACUCACAAUUUUUGUCACUCACAAGUGCGAGGAAAAGUGGCUCAGUGGCGCCCCCUUGAAAAUUUCUAAAAUUCAGCCCCUCACUACAAUUUAACUUACAUGCACAUUCAUUAUUUUGCAUGUUAACAAUGCCAAUACCUACAAAAAAGCCUCCUAACUUCGUGGUGAAAUGUCUUCAGGAAGCGUAAUCUUCACCAUUUACAGGGUAUCUGUAUUUGAACGCACUUGCCCGAGGGGAUGUGACUAUGCUAAACCUUUUGUUUAUCCAUUUUUUCAGACCAGUUGUUUGCUGUAGGGAAAUCAACCACAUCUACCUGUAUUAUAGGGAGGUUGAUCAUACUGAAAACACACUACAAAUCUGACAGUGUGAUCUUUUAGCUCAUUAAGAGGCACAUUUAGGUUCAUUAACAGGUUGAAUAACUAUAAUAAUGUAUAGUGACACAUCUUCAUUUGUGUUAUUGCUUCAGCAAAAGUUUGCUUUUAAAUAUCUAAAAAUCAGACUGAAUGACUGGUCCUUGGCUGUUACUGUAUGUGUCUUAUUUCCAACAUCUCCUUCCUCCAGUGUUGUAUCUGCUCACUGACAGUAAGAUAUAAUGUAAACGACAAAACAAGAGCUGCUUUAGUAUUUGAAAGGAAAUGACAUUUCAUAAUUAUGCAAAGCAGAGUCAACGACGACAAGAAUUCCUGAAGGAAGAAUAGGGUGUUUAAAAAAGAUUUUAUGCAACCAUGUCAAUGAUUUUUAUUUGUCAGUGGACAGCUGCAGAGGUGCUCCUGUGGGUCUUUGGGGUCCCUUUAAUUUAUUAUGAAGUAUGUGAAUGUUUGAAAAAAAAAAAAGUCUAAAAGGGAUUAGUUUUUUAAAGUGUAGAAUCGGAACGUUUCUUAUUUGGUUAUUGCCUCGAUUAGUUUUCUUCUAAAUGCUUCAUGGUUUACCAGUGACAAUGUUUCUAUGCAAUGCUGGAUUUGCUGUUUACACUGAACAGUUUUUCCACUACAGUUGAAUUUAAAACCAUCAAGACGGCUAAUAGAAAAAUGCGUCGAAGCAUCUGUUUUGUUUGGAUCUGAACAAACACAUUUUUUCCAAGAGUUGAAUGUAUUUCUCAUCUUACAGCGGGGAACCAACGAUUAUUUGAAGCCCUUUUGUGUUUUCUCUGAAGUACAAUUUUUGCUCAGAAAACAAAAACUCAUGCUGGAUGACAGUGUGGUGACACUGGUUUUACUAAGUGCAUUACUAUCAACAAAGUCGGAAACAUAUAAAGUCUUCUUUAGGAAGAUAUCUUAGGUUUGAAUAUGAAAAGAAACAUUUACUGUGUGUCUUUAAAACUAUUGUACUCGUUCUUUUAAUCCACACAGUGGACAUUUUCCUCUGAUGUCACAGUCAGGCAGAGAAGCUAAGAUGGUGUUAUAAUGAUUUACUGCUGUGUUCAGGGUUGCACUUCCUAUGUAUAAACAUAGGAAACCUGGAAACUUUUUAUAAUAUCACAUGCUUCUUGAUUGAUCAGUGGCAGAAAAGAUAAUGGAUAGUGGGAAUUUGGAGGGACAAUAGGCCGUACGUCAGGGUGAUUAUAACCAUUUAAUUUGAUUUGAUUAACCAUUAGCUGAAAUUAGACACCAGCUAACAUUAGCAUUCAAUGUAUGGAAGCCCCUUUGGACAUGCAUGCCUACAUUUAAUUUUAAAACUUUUUCCCAUGAUAAGGAGUACAUUUGGGUUGUUUUCUAAAGAGCUUGCCUCAUUACUUUUUUUAAGUCAGGAUAACAACUCGGGUAUCCUGUGCAAACAAGUUAAUAUUAGUCAUCAAAAGGACGUAAAUAGGUCAAGAUCAUGAAAAAAACAAUCAGAAAUCAAUCAUUAUCGGAAAACGGAGCAAUAUGGAUGGAUGUAUGUCCGCUCAGGGCUUCUGUAUUAGAACAGUUCUUUGCCAACUUCACCGUUAGUAGAUAUUAUUUGACCAUGUCAUAUUUAAAUCAUUAUCCUUUUUGAUAACAGCAUUUGGCCCUCACACCCUGAGUAACAUGUCAAAGGAAAAUGCCCACUGUGAGAAUCUUCUAAAUUGAGUCUUCAUCCAAGUGUUUUGUUUUGAUUGUUGUUAAUGUUCAAAUCAAGCUCUGUUUAAUGUUUUCUAUCCCAGUUUUAGCAUUCUCAUGACUGAUUUACAAAAGCAAUUUGUCAGCAACAAAUACACACACGAAACGCAGAAGGUGAUUUUCAGAUAUAUAGAAUGGAGCCUUUAAAUCAAAAUUAAUCUCAACUUUGCCUUCGCCACAAGUGGAAAACAUAUUAAUCAUCAGAGGGCAAGGAAAGUUUAUUAAUAUGGCAAAUUUCAUCACCAUGGUAACUCAGAGUGCUUCACACAAGACAUUAAAAGCAUAACAACAAAGGGAAACAGAAACAUUCAAAUAGAACAUAAAAAGGCAGCCACCACACAGUCCACUUAUGUGUUGUAAAUAUUUCCCCACUUGUUCUGUGGUACUUUCUCAAGUGAAUUGUAGCCACAGUUGUGUUUAUAAUGGAUAGGUUACUCUUUUAUCUACAGCCCUGAAGACUGAAACUGUUACACGAUGCAUUGUUGAUGUUUGACACUGCUCCUCCUGAUAACAGUUUUUACUAUAUUUUCUACUUUUUACUGCAAUAAAAAGAUCUUAAAGAUCAA